UCUUUUCUAUUCGUUGGGCAACCAUACUAUCUUUAAUCGUGAACAUGAUUGAACCAUAUGAUAUCACAUAUGAUAUCAUAUAGUUCAAUGCAAUUUACAAGUUGUUGAUUGUUGAUAGUUGAUAAAUCUAAAAUCAAAAUCAGUAAAAAUCACAAUUAAUAAUUAUAAUACUUCGGAUUGCUACAAAUGGACGAUUUAGUAAAAACUUAAAAACGAAGUACUUGUUCGUGCUUUGAAACCUUACACUCCAGUACGUAAUUGUCCGAAUUGUCGUAAUCAACAGAUUUGAGUUCUUAAGAAAAAUUAAAGUGUUGGGUUCUAUAGAUACCUAUAUAAAUCCAUUCACUCAGCUUUGAAUCUUCGUAAAAAUGUAAAUAUUAGUUAAUUGUAAGUUAAUGAUUUUUAAUACAAAAAUUAUUAUUGUACACAAUUUUAACGAUUAAUAUAACUAUGUUUGUGGAUUUAAAUCGGAUUCUCACUAAAUUUCCUACUAAACACUUGGUGUACUGCUUUGCUUAUGGAUCUGGUGUAUUUCAACAGGCUGGUCGUACGGAUCGUGCAAUGGUGGACCUAAUAUUUGUUGUAAACAAUACACACGACUUUCAUCAAGAGAAUUUAACAAUUAAUCCAGAUCAUUAUUCAUCGAUUCGUUACUUAGGAGCAUCAGUCUUAUCAAGUGUUCAAACUUCAUUUGGUGCUAAUGUAUAUUUUAAUACACAUAUCACAGUAGACAACUUAAUGUUCAAAUAUGGCAUUAUAGAUGUUAAAGAUUUUCGUCAAGAUUUACAGUCAUGGUACACACUUUACAUAGCUGGCCGACUUCAGAAGCCUGUGUUAGUAUUGCGUGAUGAAGGAUUAAGUGAUUUGGUUAUGCAUAAUCUAAGAAGUGCUGUGCAUGCUGCAUUACUUCAGUUACCUGAAAAAUUUUCCGAAAUAGACCUAUAUAUUGCCAUUGCAGGUCUAUCGUAUCGAGGAGAUUUCCGUAUGAUUAUUGGUGAGGACAAGAACAAAGUGGCAAACAUUGUACAACCUCAAAUAGAAAAAUUCAGGACAUUAUAUACACCAGUUUUUAAAUCAAUGAGCGAUAGACUGUCUAUAAAUUCAUUUUUAGAACAAGACAAGAGUUCGGAGAGCAAAUUGUAUCAUUUACAAAGGUUACCACAAAAUUUAAAGAAUAUUUUAUUCAGAUCUUAUAAGAACAAAUUGAAUAAUGAUAGAAUAUUAGAAGAUUUAGCAAAACAAGAUGAUGUUAGUAAAAUUGUGCGCAAUGGUAUUUGUAGAAUAGUUUUUUAUUCAAGUCUUAUGCAAAGUAUAAAAGGAAUACCAACAGCUGGCUUACUCAAGUCUGUUGUCUAUAGCUAUAGCAAAUUAAAUAAAAUGGUUAAAUCUAUGUUUUUAUAACUAAUUUGAUUACCUAAAAAAAUAAUAUUGUUAUGUUAUUAAAUAAUUGUAUUUGUAUUAGGUAACUGAAAUUAAACUUUAUAUUAUUGAUAUUAAACAAAAUUGUACACUUAUUA